UAAAAUACAUCUCCGACGCGUAGCCGCGAGAUGCGCGUCAAAAUCGCUAAGCGCAAAUAGUCUUUCUCCGACGGCGACGGGACAAGGUAGACGCGAAAUCCGAACGAAGCGAUGGCCCCGAUUAAGUUGUACACCACGCGCCGUACGCCGGCCGGCCGGUCUGUUGAGCUGACGGCGAAGCUGUUGGGGCUGGAGCUGGAUAUCCAAUACAUGGAUCUGGUGAAGAAGGAGCACAUGACACCGGAAUACCUCAAGAUGAAUCCCCUGCACACGGUACCCACGAUCAACGAUAACGGGGUAGCGCUGUUCGACAGCCACGCGAUCAUCGUCUACCUGGUCUCGAAGUACGCCAAGGAUGACGGACUCUACCCGAAGGACCUGGUCCAGCAGGCGCACGUCAAUGCAAUGCUCCAUUUCGAGUCCGGUGUGCUUUUUGCCCGUUUACGCUGGAUUCUGGAACCGGUCUUCUACUGGGGCCAGACGGAGGUACCGAAGGAAAAGCUCGAUUCGAUUCAGAAGGCUUACGAGCUACUCGAAGGUUCUCUGGCUUCCGGUGGUACGGACUAUCUGGUAGGCAGCACCAUAACACUGGCCGACGUCAGUGUUUCAACGUCCCUCUGUACGCUGAACGCACUGUUCCCGGUCGAUGCCAGCAAGUACCCGUCGGUGGUGGCUUACCUGGCACGGCUCGAGAAAAACCUCCCGAACUACAAGGACAUAAAUACCGACCGUGCCAACGAGGCACUACAACUGUACAACCAGAAAGUGGGCAAGGCAUAAGCAAAAUGGUGAUGGUGGCCGAUUUGUAUUUACGUUUUAUUGAACGGCCGUCUGGACGGCGCAGCGAAUAAAACCGACAGAAGCAUUUGCAUAAACCGA